AUGUCUGAGGAGAAGCAGAACAAAGAAAGCAAGAAAGUGACCGAAAGGGUGGUCACUAUGGGGAAAUCGCGCGGGAUCGCGUUCAAGAAUGAAGUGGUCGCUGACAAUAUUCGCAAGGAAACGAACCUGCGCGAGAAAACAUCGCAACGAUCGUGGUCGCGCAAGUACGGGCACCUGACCGGGAAAUUUUCCAACGAGGUGCUGAUGGAAGAAUGCAGAAAAGCGGCACUUCCGUUGGGUACUUUCAAGCGUGAUCCACCGGAAGACGCGGUCGAACGUUCACCGAUUCCUUUGAAAGCCUCGCCAGCUGUCCCCAAAACGUCAUCCGCGGCCAUCGGCCAUCGCUCGUCGCGCGCGGAACACAGCCUGGAGUUCACGGGUCGUCUCUACGUCUCGCCUAGGUGGACGAUCGAGCCAUCCACGGAUAACCCAGAAUUGCAAGGCGCGAUGCAACAACAAAAGUUCAUCUUUCUCGGUUGAGAUUGCUCAAUGAUCCAUGAAGAAGGAAGAAGAUCAUUCGUGUCAUUGUGAUUUUUUCGUUUCGGUAAUCGUGCGUUCGAGUUUUUAAGAGCCGUCUGCAAUAGUCGUAAAUCCUGGUCUACAAUAGGUGUUUUAAACUUUAAGCCUUAGGAAAUUGACCAAUCACAGUCGAGUGUGAAGAGAAUAAUUAACUGUGAUUAGUCAAUUUCUCAAGGCAUAAGGUUUAAAAUACCUAUUAUAGAUCGGAUCUAAAAUAUGCAGUAAGAUGUAAGUAGUGAGCUAAUUGACCGACCACGGUCGAUUAUUCUUGGACCGUGAGAAUCUAAUUGGUCAAUUAGCUUACUAUUGCUGCUAUUGCAGGUGGGUCCUUUAGCUGUAUCUUUAAUGUUUACCAUGCUUUUUCUAAAUGAAACGAGCGUAU